ACAGUUAAUCUUUUUUUUUAUUCUCUGUAUUGUUGUAGUUUUUUUUGAAUAUGGCACGAUCAGUUUGGAUGAUUGUGGUGUUAAUUUUGAAAAUUUUGGAUUCAACAAAUGGUGUGUUAAUAAGAGAUGACGUACAACCGCAUAUAUAUUCAACACGACGUAAUGACAAAUAUGCUGAUUUGUCAACGUAUCCACAUGCAAAUGAUUUAACAGACGGAAACAAUAACAAUCAGUAUCGUGCAAAUGGGAACAAUAAUAAAGAACCACGUUGUUCCAGUCGACUUGAAACAGCACUUGAACAAAUACGUCGUCGUCAACAAGCAAAACAGUCGCGUCAACACAAUGGCCUAGAAUUAGAGGGGUAUUCAUUGCAUCAACCAUUACGUACAAUACCAUACGAUAUGUAUGUAACAGAUAUGCGUGUACGCUUACCUGCCACGAACAGUUGGGUGCGUGUAGAUAAAUGUCAAUUUCAUCCUCGCAACAAGAGUUUAGAAACAAGUUUACUUUUUAAUGAUCUCACAAUCAGUGGAAAUGUCAACUUAUACAAAGAUGAUGACUUGAAACGUGGUGAUGCCUAUCGAUACCCUAACGAAAAAUGUGGCAUGAUUUUACGAUUACGUAAAGCUGGUAUUGGAUUCUAUACAGAACCUGUACGUCGAGAACGUGGUCAAUUUAACAUUCGAACAGAUUCACAUUUCUUGGAACCUGGUUUUAUUAGUGUGUACGCAUAUGGAUGUGAACCGAAGAUGGCGUCCAAAGAACAUCGACGAGAAGAUAAUCUUGAGGAGAAAGAUGAGAUAUCACGUGAAAUGGAGGAUAUCUUUUUAAAAGGGAUACGAUCAUUGUUAACAACUUAUAUGCAAAAAGAAUUACAACCAGCGAUUAAACAAACGCUAAUGACGAAUCUUGGAUAUACUAUAUCAUAUGGAAAAAGAUAGCAUCCAAGAUAGUCAAAGAA